UUUAGUUUCGAAUUCAUGGCAACUUCGUUUCAUAGGUACCGGAAGUCUUACCUGAUCCUGAUACGUGACCUAUAUUCGUAUGUUGUCAAAGGUGUAAAGGCUCAGAAGUUGGUGCCGUCAACGGCAACUGAAAAUACCAUGAACAAACUCGUGGUAGUACUUGGUGUUCUAGUGGCGGGGUAUAUGGUGUUGGAAGAAGGUUUUGCCAUACAAUGUUUUGUCUGCAACUCGUUUCACCAAGCUGACUGUGCGGACUGGUUUGACAACGUGACUCAGCACUUGGUGAAAUGUCCUGAUUUCCAGACUAAAUGUAGAAAGGUGGUACAGGAAGUCUGGCUAGAGGACCAUUGGGAUGUGCGAUACAUUCGACAGUGUGCGCAGGAAGGAGAAAUUGGACGUCGUGAAGGCAGAGAGUGUCAGGAAAUCUACGGCACCUACAACAUCCGAGUACGACAUUGCCACUGCAACAAUCAAGAUGGAUGUAAUAACGCACAUAAGCCCACGUCGCAUCUGUCAUAUGCCCUUCCUGUGUUAUUGACUGUUUUACUAAUGAUAUCACGGCAGGUUGGAUGAGCAGAGGCAGCCAUUGUUACCAUUCCAAAUUUCUUACUUUCUUACAAUUUUACUCCACCAAAUCAAAAGCAGUCAUUCCGAGGAGUUUUUUUAAAUUUUUCAAACUGAAAAUGAUUUGAUAUAUAUUUAGGCUUGUGUUUUGUUAAUACCUAUCGAAAAUCUGAGUAAAUCAUAUUACAACUAUGCACAGUGUGCCUUACACUUACACAUUUUUCCAAGGAAACUUUUAGUAUUUUUAUUAGAUUUUGUUAAAUGAUAUCAAUCAUGUAAAUGAAGUCAUUAUAUUGGUCUAUUUUUGUGAAGAUGAAGGUACAUUGGUCUGUUUUGGUAUUAAUGAUUAUGUCAGUCUGUUGUUGCCACAACGAUAAUAGAUGUGGUAUGAGGGGUUUUUAGUAUAAAGCUGGUCUGUCUGAUUUGGAGAACUUGUGUAGGUAUGUUUGAUUUGUUCUUGUGUACAGGGUUAGAACAACUAUUUUUAAGUUUACUUUUGUAUGAAUGUUUUGUUAUUGUCGUUGCGUAUGUGUGCAGCGAGAGAUUGUAUGUAAGGGUGAUUGUCUUGAUGAUAUGAAGUACGUAGUUGGUGAGAAAAAGGUGAAAGCUCUGUAUCGAUAAAAUGCAAGAAUGAGAGAUGUUUACUUUGUAGAGUUUCAAGAUCCACCUUUCAAUAGAUUAUAUGUGAGAGAAAGUGCAUGUAUGUUCAAUUAUUUUUGUUUGGCCAUAUUGUAUAUAUAAUAAUGUAGGCUUAUGUGCUGCUCCUAGAUAUGUGAGGUUCUUUGUAACAUAACUAGUUGUCCUGUACCAUACUUAAGCAUUCCAUACGAAAGUUUAACUGCUCAUAAACAAGCCAUUUCAUUCCCUGAAUUUAUUGUCGUUUCAUAGUGUAUAUAAAUUCAUUGUAGACUUUACAAGAAAAAAAUGUAUUUUGUACUCACAUCGAUUUGUUGGGUCAUGACUCUAAACAAUGCAGACAGUGAAGAAGAAAAAAGGCCCUAUCAAAGGAAGAAUAAUAAUGACUUAAUAUGGUGCUUAGUCUUCUUUUUAAGAGAUUUUACCAUGCUCCGCUAAAAUUUCUGCAAAUAAUUUUUGAGAACAUUCCAUUUUCAAUUAGCCUGAUGGAAUAUUCCUUGGAAACCAAUGAUUGCAGGUGUUGCAGGUUCUUGAGCUUGGUUACUGUGGAAUUUACUUGAGAGCUAGAUACUUGAAUAGACAUCCCCUCAGUCAAAGCAUCACUCUCACCGUGAUUAGUGGACAACUGGCAGGUUCACUCCUGUUCAUACUUGCUCAUUUUCUGUCCUUGUUUUUCCCUCAUCACCCAGAUGUCUUUAUGAUUUUCUGUCCAACUGUGUUCACAUUGAUCCUCUGCGCACUAUUCAUUGUGACACCUGUUUGAAUACCUGUAGGGCCCAUGUGGUUUUUUGCGGGGGGGGGGGUCCUCAUGAGGCUUGAAUUCGCGAGUUAAGUCAUGUUAAAAGUGACUCAAAGCUCAAAUUGCAAAAAUUUUUAAAUAUUUGCAACAAAAAAAACCCAACAUGAAUGGGCAAAACCAAAAAAAUACCAGUGUGCAGAAUGUAUGUUGGCAACAGAACACAUCUAAGGCAUCUGUAUGUGAUGUAAUGUUAAGGCUCUUUGCUGCUGCGCAUAAAGAUGUGAUUUCAAUUUUCAUGUUGGAAAGUCUAUUUUAUUAACUAUCCCUGUCUUUUUGUUUGGAUGCUGAGUCCCUCUCAGCCUAGACUGGCCCUGGCUGGCAGUAUAGAAGCAGCCUAUGUCCUAAUUAUCUAAAUUUUGUCAAUCGGAGUGGAAUACUACAACAUUAACAAUCCAUCAAAACCAGUAUAAAUGCUACCACAGUGUACGAAAAUAAAAGUAAUUUGUUCAUCAGUUUUGAGUUUUACACUUGUUAGGGACCGUCACUGUCUGUGGUCAGAACAGAUUUACUUUGGUGGUUCACAGUAUGUUCAUAACAGGCGGCAGCUUUGUGCUGACUGCUUCGAUACAACUAUACUAUGACUGAGUAUGAGUCUUGGGGGGCUUUUUACUUCUACACAUAAAAGGAGUUGAUCUGCUCUGCUAUCAGUUGUCAGUGGUGUCUAGGAACUUGGCUUUAAUAGCAUCUCACAAUGGGUCUUUUCACAAAAUAAUUUGCUUCCCAAACUGUGAAACUGCUGUUGGAAUAUUGUUUGUCUACUAAUGCUGCUCCAUGGUGUCUGGUCAGUAGAGUUGACUGGCCAUGUCAGCAGCUGUUCCUUGUUGGCAAACUUAUGAACAAAGAAUGCUCAGUUGAUAACUGUCCUACUUCUGAUUUUCAGUUGGUGUUCCAGAAUUCAUUGUUCAAUAACUUGUGAAAAAUAAAGGCCAGGUGUUAACUGAUCAUGACUGAGGCAUAUUAUUUAGGAUGAAUUAAAAUCAACUCUACCCAUUGAAACCUUU